GACUGGCCCUAUUCUGAUAUCGCGAGAUUUCCCGUCAGUCCGAGAGUUCACAUUUCAGAUGAAAAAUGGCGGCAGAAGUUUCUGAUUGACUACACAACUCUUGCGAUUAUCUGCUUUGCAGGGUUGUAGAGUCGUUGUUGAUGGCUUAGCAGAUUCCAUCUGUGAGGAUGGCGUCCAAUCCCCUGUUCACCGGACCUAAAACAGGUAACCACCACCGACCCGGUAUGUUCCAAUACAACACACAACAGAACAGACUUACAGCGAGACACGGCAACAUGGCCGCACCCUCAGACCAAGACAGCGUAGAGACUCCUCGUAAAAAGGCCAGACUGGAUAACGCCGCUACAGGAUCGGGUUUUAACGACACCUUCGCAGACGAUGACGAGUUUCUGACAGCCGAUGACUUGGAUCAGAUUGACUUCAUGGCAUCUCAGGCGUACAGCCAAGCAGACCCCUCAGAAACAGCACCCGCAGAGCCUAGGCAGCAGAAACAAAAUGGCUGCAACAUGGGCCAGGCAUCCACCAGCGCAACGAGAAACCUUGUCCAGAGCAAUGUGCCCAACUUCGAUUCCCUAACAACAGGUUCAUCUCGCGUCACAAACAACAGUUCACUUGGUAGCAGACAACCGCAAACCACGGUUGGUAAAAGACAAACCCAGGGAAGUACUAGUGGAGUGAGCAGUGCAGGCUCCUUUACUUUCAAGUCAGCAAGUGGUAGAACAACACAUGUUUCAAACAGUAAUGUCCUACCAAAGGGUAGUGAUUGUGGUCCAUUAUCUACCAAGGUAAUGGCUCAGAACUCCAGGGAGUUGGAGAACAAAAGAGGUGGGGGGAUGACUUUCAGACAGAAGGGAGAGGUGCAAGUAUCUUCUGCAGCUUCAGUAACAACAGGCAGCAACUUGAGCAAGGCAGGACCUUCAUCCACAAGGCAGACAGGGCCAGAUAUCAACCAACAAGAACUGAAUAGGCUGAAAGCAGAGUGUGAUAACUAUAAAAAACAGUUGGCAUCCUUGCAGGAGGAGCAGUUUGGUAAAGAGGGAGAAAUUAAGAUUCUCCGAGGCUCCUUAAAGAAACACCAAGAGGAAAUCGACCAAUUUAAGAAAGCCCGCCUGGAGGAAGAGGAAAAGAAGGUCCAAGCACAGACCUCCAAGGAGAAGGAACUGGAAAAGGAGUUGGAAAGACUUAAGACACAGCUGCAGUUCAAGGAAGCUGAAGUGACGGAGGCUCAGAACGUUGUGAAAGUCAUGGAGCAGAAAUGUAAAAGACUAGCAGAGGGAGGAAACUCCUCCACAACACCAGUUAACAGCCCAAAGGUGGGAGGGAUUCCAGCCAAGUUCAAGAGUGAACCAAAGUCCCCCCGAACGCCGGGCAGGGGAAACUUCCCAACAAAGGAGUCCUUCAUGGAGGAAGGCAAGACAAAAAAGUCACCAGGUCAGGUCAAAGGGGAAGGGUCAGGUGCUACCAACACUCCAGAGAAGAAUGUAUCCCCAGCCAGAAAGUCUGAAUCGCCUGGGGUAAAAUCAAGACUCCAGAACUCUCCUGAGAAGACUAGCAGUGAGGCUGCAGAGGUGCCCCAGACAGAGAGACCACUGUCACUUGGGCUGGGGAUUGUCACAGAGCUCCCGAUAUAA